UCGUACUAUAGUUUUAUAAAAUGAAGAUCACUCGAUAUAAAAAGGUCCAGAAAUACUUAAAGUUCUACUACAAUAACUUUGGUUUCCACCAGCCGUAUCAAGUUUUGCUGGACGGCACAUUUUGUUUUGCUGCUUUCAAAAAUGGACAGCAAGUACCGGCGCAAUGGUCGUCUGAUCGACAUUGUGGACGAGGAGUGGCGGGCUGAGCAGCUGCCUCAUGAGGACAUCCAGGUCCCGCUGGAGGAGCUGCCCGACCCUGAAGCUGAUAGUGCUGACUCUCAUCUCACGCUUAAGGAACAGAGUAUGCGCUGGCAAGAGAAUUUCCCGGAGCCCGCUAGCAAUAAUCAAAACUAGGAACAAAUAAACAUAAGAGAACAAAUCCCAAAAUAUUUGAACUCACAAGCUAAAUUAUUGACCACAAGAUGUAUAAUAAUAGAAACAGAGAAAAUUGCAAAAAAGACCCAUGGAGCCCUAACUAUAUUGAAGCAAUUUGGCAUACAUGAAUGUAAUCAUAAGGAGCCUAUUGGAGGUUCUAACUGUAUAUUGUCUAUGGUAGGUCGGAAGAAUGACAAGCAC